GUCGAAGUCCGUUUGAAGGAGUUCGAUGUCGGAGCAACACCUUGAUCUCAACUUGGAUGUCAACUUGCUAUGUAUCACCUCGUCGGCUACCGGGUAACGUCAACUUUAAUUCACGUUUUGGAAACUCCAAGCAGAUUUACGGCUAGAAACGAUGACCAAGAUUGCCAAGAUAGAGUAUUUCCGCGUGCCACCGCGUUGGCUGUUCGUCAAGAUUACUGACGAGGAUGGCCACUUCGGCUGGGGCGAGGCAUCACUGGAGGGCCACACUCAAGCGGUGGAAGGUUGUCUGGAAGCUUGGGCAGAGAAAUUCAUAGGCUUCGAAGCCGAUGACAUCGAACACCUCUGGCAAGUGUCGUACCGAGGAGGCUUCUACCGUGGCGGUCCGGUUCUGAUGAGUGCCUUGGCUGGUAUUGACAUAGCGCUGUGGGAUCUCAAGGCGAGGAAACUGAACGUGCCCAUCUACCAACUGCUAGGAGGCAAAGUCCGCGACAAGCUCCGCGUCUACGCGUGGAUUGGAGGAGAUCGUCCCAGCGAUGUAGAAGUCCAAGCAAACGCCCGCAAAUCCCAAGGCUUCAACGCCGUCAAAAUGAACGGGACCGAAGACCUAGGCUGGCUUGAUUCGCCUAACAGACUCUCCGCCUGCGUAGAGCGUGUGAAGGCCGUUAAAGCCCUCGGCCUCGACGCCGGCGUCGACUUCCACGGCCGCGUGCACAAGCCCAUGGCCAAACAGCUCGUGGCCAAACUCGCCCCCCUCGAUCCCCUCUUCAUCGAGGAACCGCUUCUGUCCGAGAAUAUCGGUGGGAUAAAAGAUAUCGCCGCACGAACGAGCUGCCCCAUAGCGCUAGGAGAACGGCUACACUCGCGAUGGGACGUUAGGCCCUUCCUGGAGGCCGGCUGCGUGGAUAUCCUGCAGCCGGACAUAUCGCACGUGGGCGGCAUCUCGGAGAUGCGGAGGAUUGCGGCUAUGGCCGAGACGUACGAUGUGGCUUUGGCGCCGCAUUGUCCGUUGGGCCCCAUUGCGCUCGCGGCGAACGUGCAGGUCGAUGCUGUGUCGGCGAAUUUUGUCAUUCAAGAGAUGAGCCUGGGGAUUCAUUAUAAUGUGGGCGGGCAGGAUUUGACGAGCUACACGACGAACCCAGAGGUUUGGAAGGUCACGGAUGGGUAUAUUGACUUGAUGACUGGCCCCGGGCUAGGGAUUGAGGUCGACGAGGAGCAGGUUAGGAGGUUGUCGAAGGAUGCUAAGGCUUGGGUGAGCCCCAUGUUUUCGGGGCCAGGAAAGGAGUUGAGAGAGUGGUAGAUUUUUCGAUCGCCUUGAUCAAGAUGUCUUGGAUUAGAGAAAAGUAGUGCCGUAAGAUAUCAUUCCGCUGUGGAGACUUGGCC